ACAAGCACUCGUACUUUGAAUAUUUUUUUUUUUGCCGUUUUCGUCUUGUGUUUUUUUUACAAAAAAAAAAAAUUAAAAAAAAAAAAUUGUAUUUGUUCUUGUCGUGUGAAGAUCGCGACGUUAUCGGCGCGCCAGUUGAUUCGACAUUGGCCAGCAAUUGAAAAGCGCAUUGAAACCAUCUUCAUAUGAAUAAAUAUCGCACUAAAUAAGCGCAACGGGUUAUUAUUAUUAUUAAUAUUAAUAUUGUGCGUGUUCGUUCGUGUUGUUUUCAAUAUCAAUUAUCCAAUUGAAAAUCGUUAUUAUUGUUGCUGUUUGUUUUUUGUUCAAUUCAAACCAAUAAUAAUUUUUUUUGGGAAAUCGCUUAGUGGUUGUGUGUCAGUGCCAACAACAACAACAACAACCGCAACAACGACGACGAAGUCGUAAUUUCUGUGAUCCAGCAAUACAAAGCCAGUUGAAACAGACACAGACGCAGACGCAUUAUGAUACCGAUAUUGGAGAAACUGAGCGGAUUCUAUAGCAGCUAUGUGCUGGCCAUCCUCAUCAUUGGCUACAUCCUAGGCGAGCUAGGGCACUAUCUGAUUGGCGUUACCUCCAAGCAGACGGCCAUUGAGCUGGACUAUGGUGAUCAUGCCUGCCAGCAGAACAGCAGCCAGUUCACGCGACACGAACUGGUCACCCAGUGUUCGGAUGUGAAGAACGAGAGCAGCUGCUAUGCGCUCGAGCUGAAUAGCACUGGUUACUGUGAGUGGAACUACAAUGGACUGGGCAUCGAUUAUCAGAUAUUGGCCGGACCCACAUUCAUAUUGGUGUUUACCAUAGCUGGCGUCUUUAUGGGCUUCGCUGCGGACAAAUACAAUCGCGUUAAGAUGUUAACCGUUUGUACGAUUAUAUUUGGCAUUGCGAUCCUGCUGCAGGGCACCGUCAAAUCGUAUUGGCAUUUGGUUGUGCUGCGCAUGGUGAUGGCUGCUGGUGAAUCGGGCUGCAAUCCGCUAGCUACUGGCAUUAUGUCCGACAUUUUUCCGGAGAACAAGCGUGCCCUAGUCAUGGCCAUCUUCAACUGGGGCAUCUAUGGUGGCUAUGGAAUUGCCUUUCCCGUCGGUCGCUAUAUCACCAAGCUCAACUUUUUCGAUAUGGGCUGGCGUGUUUGCUAUUUGGGUGCGGGUGUGCUGACCAUCAUCAUAGCCGGUCUAACUGGCACCACACUGCGGGAGCCGGAGCGCAAAUCGAUUGGCGAAGGUGAUCGGACAACGGCCAGUGGUAAACCGGUCACAUUAUGGCAGGUUAUCAAGAGCCCGGCGAUGAUAAUGCUCAUGAUUGCCGCCUCGAUACGUCACAGCGGCGGUAUGACCUUCGCCUACAAUGCGGAUCUCUACUAUAAUACGUAUUUCCCGGACGUGGAUCUCGGCUGGUGGCUCUUUGCCGUCACCAUUGGCAUUGGUAGCGUUGGUGUUGUCGUUGGCGGCGUUGUCUCCGACAAGAUUGUCGCCAAGAUGGGCAUUCGUUCGCGUGCAUUUGUGUUGGCCAUUAGCCAAUUGAUUGCCACUUUGCCAGCAUUUGGCUCUGUCUAUUUUGAUCCGUUGUGGGCCAUGAUUACGCUCGGACUGAGCUACUUCUUUGCCGAAAUGUGGUUCGGUAUUGUGUUUGCCAUUGUCGUUGAGAUUGUGCCGUUGCGUGUCCGCUCCUCAACCAUUGGCGUCUUCCUCUUUGUCAUGAACAACAUUGGCGGCAAUCUGCCCAUUCUCGUGGAUCCUGUAGCCAAAGUCAUCGGAUAUCGCGGCUCUAUCAUGAUCUUCUAUGCGGGCUUUUAUGGCAUCAGCUCCAUACUGUUCCUUAUCACCUGUUUCAUGCUAGAGGGCAAGCCCAAGCCGAAUGAAUCGGAGCAGGAGGCACAGAAGACACAUCCGGAUGCAGUUUUAAGUGCACGCCACAUGCACGGACAUGACAACUCCGUUUUCAGUGUGGACGAGACACUGCCGUCGAAUGGUCGUCCCGCCCAGUUGCCGCAACACCUUCAGAUGUCCAGCAACGGAUACGAGAAGUCACAAUCCACUCAGCCACGUCACAAUGGCGCCGAGAGCAGCAGACUGUAGUAUUAGGACUAGGACAAAAACCCAAACGUCGACAAAAUCUAAACAGAUUUUUUAAAACUAAAAUAUGUGAAUGUGCUUCUGAUUUAUUAUUUCUUAUUAU